AUGAGAAAUUCUGAAGAACAGCCAAGUGGAGGAACCACAGUAUUGCAGCGUCUGCUACAAGAGCAGCUCCGCUAUGGCAAUCCUAAUGAGAAUCGCAACCUGCUUGCCAUACACCAGCAAGCCACAGGGAACGGCCCUCCUUUCCCCAGUGGCAGUGGGAACCCAGGCCCUCAGAAUGAUGUGUUGAGUCCCCAAGACCACCACCAACAGCUUGUGGCUCAUGCUGCUCGACAAGAACCCCAGGGGCAGGAAAUCCAGUCAGAAAACAUCAUCAUGGAGAAGCAGCUUUCCCCUCGAAUGCAGAAUAACGAAGAACUCCCGACCUAUGAGGAAGCCAAGGUCCAGUCCCAGUACUUUCGGGGCCAACAGCAUGCCAGUGUCGGAGCUGCCUUCUAUGUCACGGGAGUGACCAACCAGAAGAUGAGGACUGAGGGACGCCCAUCAGUUCAGCGGCUCAAUCCUGGAAAAAUGCAUCAGGAUGAAGGACUCAGAGACCUUAAGCAAGGACAUGUUCGCUCCUUGAGUGAACGACUAAUGCAGAUGUCACUGGCCACCAGUGGAGUUAAGGCCCAUCCGCCUGUUACCAGCGCUCCCCUCUCCCCACCACAACCCAAUGACCUCUACAAGAAUCCCACAAGUUCCAGUGAAUUCUACAAGGCCCAAGGGCCACCUCCCAGCCAGCAUAGCCUGAAGGGCAUGGAACACCGAGGCCCCCCACCAGAGUAUCCCUUCAAGGGCAUGCCACCCCAGUCUGUAGUGUGCAAGCCCCAAGAGCCAGGGCACUUCUAUAGUGAGCAUCGUCUGAACCAGCCAGGGAGAACAGAGGGGCAACUGAUGAGGUAUCAGCAUCCCCCUGAGUAUGGAGCAGCCAGGCCAGCGCAGGACAUCUCAUUGCCGUUGUCAGCCCGGAACUCUCAGCCUCACAGUCCUACUUCUUCCCUCACGUCUGGGGGUUCCUUACCCUUGCUGCAGUCUCCACCAUCCACUAGAUUAUCUCCUGCCCAACACCCCUUGGUCCCAAACCAAGGAGACCACUCAGCUCACCUGCCUAGGCCGCAGCAGCAUUUCCUUGCUAACCAGGCUCACCAGGGGGAUCAUUACCGUCUCGCCCAGCCUGGCCUGAGUCAGCCGCAGCCGCCGCCGCCACACCAUCACCACCAUCACCAGCAGCAGCAGCCACAGCAGCAGCCAGGAGAAGCCUAUUCAGCUAUGCCUCGGGCCCAGCAGUCGUCUGCUUCGUAUCAGCCAAUGCCAGCCGACCCUUUUGCCAUUGUUUCCAGAGCCCAGCAGAUGGUUGAGAUUCUCUCAGAUGAGAACCGGAACUUGCGGCAGGAGUUGGAAGGAUGCUACGAGAAGGUGGCGAGACUGCAGAAGGUGGAGACAGAAAUCCAGCGUGUCUCAGAGGCAUAUGAGAACCUUGUGAAGUCAUCCUCCAAAAGAGAGGCCCUGGAGAAAGCCAUGAGAAACAAGCUUGAGGGCGAGAUUCGGAGGAUGCAUGACUUCAACAGGGAUCUGAGAGAGCGUCUAGAGACGGCCAACAAGCAGCUUGCAGAGAAGGAAUAUGAGGGGUCAGAAGAUACCAGAAAAACCAUCUCUCAGCUCUUUGCAAAAAAUAAGGAGAGCCAGCGGGAGAAGGAGAAACUGGAAGCGGAGCUGGCCACUGCCCGUUCUACCAACGAGGACCAAAGGCGACACAUUGAAAUCCGAGACCAGGCCCUGAGCAACGCCCAGGCCAAGGUGGUAAAGCUGGAGGAAGAGCUGAAAAAGAAGCAAGUGUACGUAGAUAAGGUGGAAAAGAUGCAGCAAGCUCUUGUACAGCUCCAGGCAGCAUGUGAAAAACGAGAGCAGCUGGAGCACCGUCUCCGGACACGACUGGAGAGAGAGCUGGAAUCCCUCCGAAUCCAGCAGCGCCAGGGCAUCUCUCAGCCCACCAAUGUUUCAGAAUACAAUGCCGCUGCACUGAUGGAGCUCCUUCGUGAGAAGGAGGAGAGGAUCCUGGCCCUGGAAGCUGACAUGACUAAGUGGGAACAGAAGUAUUUAGAGGAGAAUGUGAUGAGACAUUUUGCUCUGGAUGCUGCGGCCACCGUAGCUGCUCAGAGGGACACGACGGUCAUCAGCCACUCUCCUAACACCAGCUAUGACACAGCUCUAGAAGCUCGCAUCCAGAAGGAGGAAGAAGAAAUCUUGAUGGCCAACAAGCGUUGCCUUGACAUGGAGGGCAGGAUUAAGACCCUCCAUGCCCAGAUUAUUGAGAAGGAUGCCAUGAUCAAGGUACUCCAGCAGCGUUCCCGGAAGGAGCCAAGUAAGACAGAGCAGCUGUCAUCUAUGCGGCCAGCAAAGUCUCUGAUGUCCAUUUCCAAUGCUGGAUCAGGCUUGCUCUCCCAUUCUUCCACCCUGACUGGCACCCCCAUCAUGGAAGAGAAGCGGGAUGACAAGAGCUGGAAGGGGAGCCUAGGUAUCCUCCUGGGUGGAGACUACCGUGCCGAGUCUGUCCCUUCCACCCCCUCGCCUGUGCCGCCCUCGACUCCCCUACUGUCAGCUCACUCCAAGACAGGCAGCCGGGACUGCAGCACGCAAACAGAACGGGGAACGGAACCCAACAAAACCGCAGCUGUCGCUCCCAUCUCUGUUCCUGCUCCAGUUGCUGCUGCCGCCACUGCUGCCGCAAUCACUGCCACCGCUGCCACCAACACCACCACCAUGGUAGCUGCUGCUCCAGUGGCUGUUGCUGCUGCUGCUCCAGCCGCCGCCGCCGCCCCGUCUCCAGCAACUGCUGCUGCUGCUCUUGCUGCUGCUGUUUCUCCAGCUGCUGCUGCUGCUCAGAUUCCAGCUGCUGCCUCUGCUGUUGCUGCUGCUGUUGUUGCUCCUGCUGCUGCUGCUGCUGUUCAGCUUGCUCCAGCUGCUCCGGCUCCGGUUCCAGCUCCGGCUCCAACUCCAGUUCCGGCUUCAGCAGCGGCUCAGGCUUCUGCUCCAGCUCAGACUCAGGCACCAACUCCAGCUCCGGCUGCAGCUGCUCCUCCAGCUCCAGCUCCAGCUCCAGCUUUGGCUCAGGCUGAGGCUCCUGCAAGUCCAGCUGCCGGUUCUGGACCACGUCGUUUGUCUAUACCAAGUUUGAGCUGCAAUCCAGAUAAGACAGAUGGCCCUGUUUUCCACUCCAAUACUCUGGAAAGAAAAGCUCCCAUUCAGAUCCUGGGACAAGAGCCUGAUGCAGAGAUGGUGGAAUAUCUCAUCUAA